AUGAGCGACAAUUUGCUGAACGGCGGCGGCGCGAACGGCUCGGCGGCGACAGUCGCGCAGGUAAGCGAUGCUCCGGGAGAGCACCCAGCCCAAACCUCAUUUGGUAUGAGGCGGGCAGCUUCGCAAACGAAAUAAACAGUAAUACGAUUUGGUGGCGCCGCCGAGAGCUCCAUAAUUAACUUUUCUGGCGCGCACAAUAUUCCUCCUCCUCCUCCUCGUCUCCUGAAGACGUCCUCGCGUUUUUCGGAAGACGACUGGGAGGAGGAGUCCGCGUGUGUGUGUCUGUCUUCCCCUCAUAAAUUCAUUAUGGAAAUUUGAUUGUUAGAUGCUCUCACGAUCAGUGGCACAAACCUUCCGGAGGCCCUCACUCGGCUCAUCCUACCCGGCUCCGGCGGUCGUCUUCUGAAGCCGUUGGCGUCAGAAGGUGACAAUUCGGAGCCAGGUGAAUGAUGACGUCGGGCGCCAACUACUGUAAUUGAGUUUAUCAUAUCCCCGACCAUAGCAUACAACACACCUACUGAUUCAUAACUUUUCCGCUUCCAUUUCGAGUACUGUAUCUGUCCCAGACUGUUAGUAUUAUGAUUUUAGAACUGUUCCUUCAAUUUUACCGUAUCCUACGGCCGUGGCCGAGUUUUCACCACCGCAAUGGAAGUGAUAGUAUAUAACUUUGAAAUUGAAGCUUCCUAAACGGGUAGUGCUCAAAAACUCAAACAUUUUCCUAAAAAACGUUGCUUUCCCAGCCAAUCUAGCUCUUGUCCGUCCAUUUCCCACUUUCAACCGUUCUCGAUUACAGUUCCAAUUCCAAGACAAGGUAAAAGAUCUUCCGAUCUCGCUGCACGACUUCACCGCCUACUACCCUGGCUCCCUGGAUACGGUCUCCGCGUCGCUCCGUCCGAUUUCCGAUCCGUCGUCAGGUUCGUCGUCUUCUUCUUCUCUCUCUUUUUUGGUAGGGAGGAGCCUUGGUCCCAGCAGUUGAGGGGUGGAGAAGGCGUCGAAAGGAACGAAAAUUACAUCAGAAUAUAUCAGAUUUGCUCGGGGAAUCAUAUUUGAUGUCUUCUCCGCUUGCCUUGUAGCUCUCAGUCAGUCAGUUCGGUCCGACAUGUCGGUCCUAGCCGGCUCUCCUCGCGGCUACGUGUCAAGAGGUGUCAUUAUUAGUGUUGCGCAAUGGUUUCCGCCAAAGGUUCCCCGUGGAGCUGUCAAGUGAUACCCAUAAGAUGUUACCGUUUCCACCCAUCCCAUGCCACCCAUCCUUGAGUUUGUACAUGUGCCAGGCAGCCAAUUAUGACGCCUGUUGCCAGAUGCUCCACUUCUUCUCUUAUCCGCCCCCUCCUUUGUAUUCACGCAGUCCGUUCUUGACUUUGUGUGCGCGAAGAAGAGUGUCUCUCGCUCAGUCAUCCUCUCCUUAGAGCAGAUUAGUGGCCAACAACUCGCUCGCGAGACAAUGUAUUAUUACGGUAAGACAAUAGUCGAAAAGGCAGGGAGGGGGGUCAGCAGCAGCCGAACAUUUCGAAAUUCCACCCUCUAACAUCUGCUCGUUCACUUUCCAUUUUUAAGCCCUCUCUUCCACUUCUCAAUGGAUCAGUGUUGCAGAUGGCGCCUUCAAGAAGAUUAAAACCGAGGGAAUCGGCGGCUCUUCCGUCUUCGGAUCUUCCAUUGCCGGGGUUACGAACACGCCGGCGAGGUGAGUCAAGGGUACUGUAGUCUAUAGAAAAGCGCCCGAUAGACUAGAAAGGUUUCAAAAUUCACUUUUAACGGAAAGCAAAUGUCAUUGUUAGAUAACGUUUAGAAUCUAAAAAGUCCGACGACCUAACUAGGGACUAAUCUAUAGAAAGUUUACCUUUUGGAACAAGACCUACACGAGUUGACAGAUUUUACUGGGAGGAUUCCAGUUCUUCAAUUUUGCUGCCAAUUAUUGAAACUAGGAUUGCUCCUCAAUUCUCUGAAACAUUUGAAGUCCUCUAAGAUCUUUCGAGCCAUGUCGGUCUUGUUCCAAAAAAUUUCCUAGUAAGCCUCGCUGAUCUCAACUUGCAGGCUGUCAAGCCUAGAUCAGCGGCCCGAAUCAAAGCGUCUCAAUUCCAGGCGGAGACACCGGACGACGUUCACUCAGGAGCAGCUCCAGGAGCUCGACGCCGCCUUCCAAAAGAGCCACUAUCCGGAUAUCUACGUGCGAGAGGAACUCGCGAGGAUCACCAAGUUGAACGAGGCCCGCAUUCAGGUGAGAAAUCGAAUGAGAACUUGUGAUUUUGUUUGGAUGCUUUCUGUGCAAACGCUUGAGUUAUGCUUGAUCACAGCGAAGCCAUUCUUGAGAAUUGAAUCUCAUUUAGAAGAAUUUGUACUCAAAACUUUUCAACUAAUAGUUACUAAUAGUUAGUUGAAAAGUUUAGAGUACAAACUGAUUCAUAGAAGUUUGAUAAAGCAUAACUAUCGAUUGUACAGUAAAUUUGUCAACAUAGCAAAUGAAGCUCUAGGUGUACUUUCAUAAGCCCAUCAACUUUUCGUCCCAGUAUCUCUAAUUAGGAUUCUCAAGAAUUGACUGCACAUGUGCUCUAAUUCGUUGUUUUCUUCGCCCUCCUCUCCGGAUCGCCUUAAUUGCCCCCUUCCACAGUUGUGCCCCCACUACCACCUACUGUGCGCCAAAUCUGUCAAGCUGGCAGAAACCAUCUGUGCUAGGGAUUAGACAUUGAGCCGAGGAAGAUGGUCGAAAAGUCAGUGAGCUGGAAGCUACCGUAGCCCAGCCCAGCCCAGCCCAGCCCAAUUCGUACCUCUCUAAUAAUAACUUGUUGAGCGAGCCGAGAAGAAGAAGCUACCGUAUCCUUCCACGUCUUCUUUGUUAGAAGUGGCGUCGUCGGGCGACAGAGCCCAAAUUGAAUUAUGCGCCGCUUGCUCAAUAUCCGUGCUCUUUCUCUCUCUUUCUCUCCAUCUGCUUCUUCUUCUUCUUCUUCUUCUUCUUCUUCUUCUUCUUCUUCUUAUGGACAAGAAAAAGGAAAAGACGAUCGACAUUUCGAAAAACGGGAAAUGAAACGGACUUGAUAGAGAUGAAACGGAAAAGACCACAAAUCCGGAGGAAGUGAUCGGAAAAGAAGGAGAAGAGCUAUUGUAGGGUUCGAAAAUUGAAGAGCACAAUAUCGAAAGGGGUUACUAUUGUCUCAUAAGUCUCAAUAGACAACAUUUUCAUCUCCAACUUUGAAACAUCAUAACUAAUUUCAAAAAAUGCUACCAAAUCCCACUUACGCUCAAAAUGACGGAACCCGUAGGACUCGUUCAUUUACUAUUAGUGCUUAGAAGAUUGCAGCUUUCUCUUUGUCUUUCUUAAACCGUUUCCAUUAGUAUUCUACCGUAACUCCAGAAACUUCACGGUCCAUCAAGCUUCUCUGUUAACCCAUAAAAUCCGGUGGUGUCACACCUGACAAUUAGGUGAUUGCGUAACCGUUUUGACACCUGACUGUCUUCUCGUUCGCUUCCAUCUCUCGCUUCCGAUCCGCGUCAAUCCAAUUAGUUUCCCGAUUGCAGGUGUGGUUUCAGAAUCGGCGAGCAAAACAUCGAAAACACGAGAAGCAAUUGAAUAAGGUGAGCUAACGUUAACCGCAUUUGCUCCCCCUCAUCCAAAUGCGAUUGCAGAAUGCGAUCAAUCCGUCGCACCCGUUCCUGGCGAACUCGGCGAAUCCGCUGAUGCGGCAAGGCAUGUACUCGACGGCGUUCAACCGAGACGGCGGCCUCUGGUACCAGCCUUACCAGCGGCCGAUGCCCUACCCGACCACGAGUCCCUCCUACUCAAACUCGUUCACCAACCCCAUCGCAAAGUGAGCUGGAGCACACCUUCAUCCCCGAAAUGUCUAUUCUUUCAGUUUCGGACCGUCGAUCACCGCGUUCCCGACGGACGACGAGUUCUACCAGAAGAGCCUGGCACUUCGCAUGUCGACGACACCUUCCACGGCCGCCGCCGCCACUUCUCUCGUCAACUAUCAGCAGCAGCCGCAGCCGAACGAAUCCAGUGCCAACCCGCCGUCCAUUUAG